AUGCCUUCCCGGUCGCCAAUCCUUGAUCUGCGUCUCGAGUCCGUAUCUCUCCGAUCGGUCUUAGAGGCUGCGCAUAGACACACCGUCUUGUGGACCGGGAUCAUAGUCGGGCUCGCGGUCUUUCUUGCUGUGCGGUACCUCAAUAGUCCUUGGCGCAGGUUGCCUCCUGGACCGACAGGUCUACCUAUCGUCGGCAAUGCACUCCAGAUGGUAGGAGAGCCUUGGAUCAAGUUUAGCGCCUGGAGGAAGGAAUAUGGUGAUCUGAUAUACUUAAGUGCUGCCGGUCAGCCUGUUAUCGUCGUGAAUACACAGAAAGUUGCAACAGACCUCCUGGACCGUCGUGCCGGUAUAUAUUCGGACAGGCCGCCUAAUAUCGUCGCAUGUGAUAUCAUGACGAAUGGGCUGUUCCUGUCAUUGACUCGCUAUAGCGAUCUGUGGCGUCGGAUGCGCAAGGCAGGGCACGAAAGCCUGAACAAGGUCGUGGCACAUAAUUUUCAUGACUAUCAGUCUCUUGAGGCUUUACUACUUGCGCGCGAUGCGUUAACCAAUCCUGCGGCUUGGGAUAAGCUUCUGCGCCGUGCAAAUGCAAGUAUGAUUAUGGCAUGCGUAUACGAUGAACCACCACUUGUUAGCGAGCAGGACCCGCGUAUCAGUCAUCUCAAUCACUUUACUGAUCGCCUGACCAAAGCUGCGACUCCUGGCGCGCACUGGGUCGAGAUGUUCCCCUGGAUGAUGUAUAUCCCGAGUAGAUUUGCAGCAUGGAAGCGCGUUGCAGAAGACUCUGGAAAGAAAGACGGUGAUGUGUUCUGUGGUAUGUACGAACAUGUGCAAGAGAAUCUCGCUAAAGGCGAUCAACGGCCAUCAUUGUGCGCCACCCUCGCACAAGACGCUCGCCGCCUUGGUUUGAGCACCCUGGAGAAUGCUUGGAUCGCAGCGACCAUGUAUAUAGGCGGAUCCGAGACAUCUUACUCAACGAUGAGUUGGUGGUCUUACGCUAUGCUUGCAUACCCCGAGUGCCAGAAGAGAGUUCAGGAGGAACUGGACACCGUCGUCGGGCGUGCGCGAGUUCCGACGUUCGCGGACCUGCCCGAACUACCCUAUAUCCAUGCCAUGAUUAAGGAAGUUCUCCGCUGGCGUCCUGUACUACCUCUCGGACUCCCGCAUCGCAGCAUCGAAGAUGACUUCUACGGCGGUUACUUCAUACCAAAGGGCACCGUUGUCAUCCCGAACGUCUGGGAGAUGAACCGUGACACCGAUGUGUACGGCCCUGAUGCUCGGGAGUUUAGGCCUGAGCGCCACCUGGACGAGGCAGGUUGUUUGCUGCCGGGGCUGCCGGGCACGAAGGACGAGAAUCAUCAUACAUUCGGUUUUGGUCGACGCAUUUGCAUCGGUAGGCACAUCGCCAACGAUAGCCUCUUCAUCGACAUUGCUACUUGUUUAUGGGCAUUCACGUUCACCAACCCUAAGGGGCAGGUACUCGACGUCGACACGUUCACAGACGGAGGUCUCGUUUUUCGUCCGAAGCCGUUCGAUAUCGAGGUACAGCCCAGAUUCCCAGAAGCGCUGGGUUUGCUCACUAGCGAGUGCGAGCUUCGGCGUUCAUCGUGA